AAAGAUGCGCGAGAAGCAGAAUUGAGAGCGAAGCAGGCACGGCAGGCCCAACAAUAGCCUUCAGAUGGAUGGAGGUUGAGAAAAAUAGGGUGGAUUUAGUGGAUGCAUGCAUUGUGGGCUUCAUUGGGAGGGUCUUUGUUUCCUCCAUGGUUGAUACUUACUAGCGACUGGGUUUGAUGGAUUUGGUCAUUUGGGCGUUCAUUUGGCACUCGUUUAAGAUACCUCCUUUGUCAUGUCGAUACCUUAGUUUUUGGACUAUUUACAAUUUGCCUAGAACAGUGGAUGAAUGAUGGACUUGUUUCUAUUUUAGCGUGUGCUGCACACACACUCUCUCUUUCUCUCUUCCUGCCUCUGAGUAAACUCCGCCGCCGAUCUGAUCUGAUCUAUCGCGUCCCCGAGUCGAAAACGAACUCAUCAUCCUCCUCCAUCUACGAAGCAACAGUAUUUCCGGAAGACCAGGGAUACGUCCCUCUCAAAACCACCAACGGAUUCCGCCAGAAGCGAUCACGCUCCACAAUCCGAAAUACCACGCUUAUUUUGAUUCCUGCACUAUUUUCUCUUGACCAAUCUCAAGCCCCUGCAUGGAAACUGCCGUCUCACUGGCGGAUACCUGCAGCUCGCCAUCCCUGGUCGCCGAGGGUAUUGCGACCCGGUUUCUUUAGCUUCGCAUCCAUGCUCUCACCGAGUCACAACCACUGAUAAGUAUCCAACUGCUUUCACCGCCUCGUUUGGGCAAGAAUAUGAAU